GACACAGCCAGUCCUUGCGAUAGUCGCCGCAGGCGCGAUGGGCGCAGCAGUCGGCAAGCGGCUCACGACAGCGGGGCUCACCGUACUGACUGACCUGGCCGGACGCUCCGCCGCGACGCGAAAGAGAGCUGCAGACGCAGGCUUGGAGGACGCAUCGCUCCUGGAUAUCGCCGCGCGGGCGCAGUGGACACUCAGCAUCCUCCCACCAAGUGAGGCGGAGACAUUCGCGAAGGCCUUUCGCGACGCGCACACGCAGGUAGCGCAUACGCGCCCCGUCGGCUUCGCCGAUUGCAACGCGGUGAACCCGACUACGGCAAAACGGGUCGCGGCCCUGUUCGCUGGCACGCCCAUCAAGUUUGUCGAUGCGGGCAUUAUUGGAGGUCCUCCACACGGGGACUACGACCCAGUGGUCUACGCGAGUGCAGCCCCCGAAGAUCAACCAGCCCUAGACGAGUUCGCUUCACUUAAGCAGUGGGGAUUGAAUGUGAAGACGUUGAAGGGCGAAGGGGCUGGCGUCGGCGACGCUAGUGCGCUCAAGAUGUCUUAUGCUGGCAUCAACAAAGGGAUUAUUGGCAUUUGUACAGCCAUGAUACUGUCUGCACACGCGUCAUCCCCUGCGACUGCUAGUGCGCUCCUGCACGAACUUUCCGACUCUCAGCCUUUCAUGCUUAAGCGCAUCAUCUCAAGUACACCCGAUAUGCUUCCAAAGGCGUACCGCUGGGCCGGGGAAAUGGAGGAGAUAUCCGCAUUUGUUGCCGAUGGACUCUCACAAUCCGGAUCUUCAGAACAGGUCUCGGUCGGAGGUGCAGGCGAAGGCCUUACCCAUCUAGGUCUGGCAAGGCUUUACGAGCGCAUCGCGAGCUCAAUGAAGGACAGUGGGGAGAAGGGUGAAGACGUAAGCGAGGUUAAAGUAUUAAACGACUUUGUAAAGGAAGCAAAACAUGUUGUUGAGCCGAAGAACUGAACAAUUGUGAUACGCGCACAUGCUUUAGGAAGUUUGAGGUGCAGUAAAGUUAUUUAAGGAGCGAGGAGCAACCUCGCCUAACAUCUGUAUGCCGGCUAUUAUCUAGAUAGAUCAGUAUUUGCUGAAGUGCUCCAGCUUAGUUUGGACGCUUGUUUG